AUGGCCAGCGUCGUAUCUACAACCCCACCAUCUUCACCACCACUCAAGUACGCUGUGGCCCUCUUCAACGGCUUCCAGCUGCUCGACGCAGCCGGCCCGCUCGAUGUGCUCGCCAUGCUGUCGCCGCUGGUGCCCGGCAUUGAAGUUGUUAUACUCGCACAGACGCUCGCGCCCGUCACGUCGCGGACGAAGCGACCAGGCUCCGUCGGCCAGGAAAUUGUGCCCACUCACACCUUUGACACUGCUCCCGACGACAUCGAGGUUCUCUUGAUCCCCGGAGGCGGUGGCACGCGCGACCACGAUGGAACGCAGGCGCUGGUUGACUACGCCGCCAAGACGUUUCCGAAGCUCCGGUACUUUUUGACCGUUUGCACCGGCGCCGCGCUGGCCGUCCGCGCCGGUCUCCUGGAUGGCAGAAGGGCGACGACGAAUAAACUUGCGUUUGACUGGGUCGCCUCCCUCGGUCCCAAGGUAAACUGGGUCCGACAUGCUCGCUGGGUCAGUGAUGGAAACAUAUGGACUUCAUCGGGCAUCUCGGCUGGGAUCGACAUGACAUUAGCUUUUGUCGCCGCUCAGUACGGCGAGAAGACCGCAGACACUGUCGCCUACAGACAGGAGUACAUCCGGAACAAGGACCCAAACAACGACCCCUUUGCACCUGACUCGAUGAAGCAAGACCAAUAG